AUGGAAAACCAAACGACAGUGACAGAGUUCAUUCUUCUCGGAUUAACAAACGAUGUCAAGCUUCAAGUUGUGCUUUUUCUUUUCCUGGUGCUGACUUACAUCCUAAGUGUCACAGGAAACAUGACCAUCAUCAUUCUGACGCUGGUGGAUUAUCGCCUCCAGACUCCUAUGUAUUUCUUCCUCCGAAAUUUUGCUGUUUUGGAAGUAUCUUUUACAUCUGUAUUUGUUCCCAAAAUGUUAGUCAAUAUGAGAACUGGAGACAAGACUAUCUCUUUUGCCAGUUGCUUCACUCAGUACUUCUUUGCAAUCUUGCUAGGAGCAACUGAAUUUUACCUUUUAGCAGUGAUGUCCUAUGAUCGUUAUGUUGCUAUUUGCAGACCCCUGCAUUACACAACUAGAAUAAGCAGGAGACUUUGCAUUCAGCUUGUGCUGUGUUCCUGGUUCUCUGGCUUUGUAGUUGUCAUUGUGCCAUAUGUGAUGACGCUCCGGCUGCCUUUCUGUGCAUCCAACAUUAUCAAUCAUUAUUGUUGUGACUAUACUAUAUUGUUGCAUUUAUCUUGCUCGGACACACAUCUCAUAGAAGUGAUUCAGUUUGUUCUUGCUGCAGUGACCCUCAUCUUUACUCUUUUCUUGGUGAUUCUUUCCUAUACCUACAUUAUCAAGACCAUUCUGAGAAUCCCCUCUGUUCAAGAGAGAAAAAAAGCUUUUUCUACGUGUUCCUCUCAUAUGAUUGUGGUCUCACUUUCUUAUGGAAGCUGUAUCUUUAUGUACAUAAAUCCUUCUGCGAAGGAUGCAGCAACUUUUAAUAAAAGGGUAGCUAUUUUAAAUACCUCCGUUGCUCCUCUGUUGAACCCAUUUAUCUAUACUUUAAGGAACAAGCAAGUGAAAGUAGUCCUUAAAGAUAUGAUAAACAAGAUCACAAUUUUUAAAAAAAGUGACACUAUUUGA